AUGGAAGAGGAAACUAGUAUGGCUUUAAAUGCUGCGACAACCUUAACUAAGGAAGCUUUGGACUUGAAUAGUAGUACUCCUUCAUUGCAUCACAACAAGCGUCCUAGACACAAUAUUGGUGUCUCUGCUUCAAGAUUCAAAGGAGUUGUGAGUCAACAGAAUGGGAACUGGGGUGCACAAAUUUACGCCAAUCACCAGCGCAUUUGGCUCGGGACAUUUAAAUCAGAAAGUGAAGCGGCAAUGGCAUAUGAUAGUGCAGCCAUCAAACUUCGAAGUGGUGACUCCCACAGAAACUUACCAUGGACAAAUGUCACAUUUCAAGAGCCGUACUUCCAGAGUCAUUUCAGUACAGAAGCAGUGCUGAACAUGAUCAAGGACGGUUCAUACCCAUCAAAGUUUGACGAUUUUCUUAGGAUGCAAUUCCCGGAGGGAAAAAAAGAGAAGUUGGUGCCCAAGAAUGGCAAUGGAGGAUUUUUGUGUAGACAACUUUUCCAAAAGGAGCUUACACCGAGUGAUGUGGGCCAGCUUAACCGGCUUGUCAUUCCAAAGAAAUACGCUCUGAGGUAUUUUCCUCGUAUUCAUGAAGAUGGGAAAGAAAAUCCAAGUGAUGGUGGGGUGGAGGAUGUGCAGCUAGUAUUCUAUGAUCGGUUAAUGAGGUCGUGGAAAUUUCGCUACUGCUAUUGGAAGAGCAGCCAAAGUUUUGUCUUCACUAGGGGUUGGAAUCGGUUUGUGAAGGAAAAUGAGCUAAAGGAAAAGGACAUUGUUAUUUUCUCUAUGUGUGAGUGUAGGGAGGGAUCAAAUCAGAUUCGGACGUUCUGUAUGAUUCAUGUAGCCUUCGAUGAUUGGGUGGAUAGCAACGCUAGUGGAGUGGAGGAUACAGACCAAAAUGCUGAGGAUAUCGUCGAUCAUCGUGAGGAUGAGGAGGGUUCUGAGGAAGAGGCGUUGGGACUUCGUCUGUGGGAAAAUAUUGGGGGUGGCAAGAAUGCAAAGGAAAUUGAGGAAGACAAGGAAGCAACGAAAGCUGAAUCAACCGGAGCAGAGAAAAAGGGUCUUUGGAUAUUUGGAGUGCAAAUAUGUUGA